AUGUGCUUCGAGGAAGAGACUGCAGGCGAUAGACUUAAUAAAAAAUAUGACUCAAAAUGCUGCGCCGUAGAUAUAAAAGAAGAUAAUACUUUCGCUACUAAAAGCAAAGUUCGAAGUCAAAAGAAGCAGAAAAUUCAAAAAUCUGGACGAGAACCGGUAAAGAAGUACGAAUGCGAUAAAUGUGCUCGAACAUAUAAACAUGAAAAAAGUUUGACUCAGCAUCUGAAAUACGAAUGCGACGUGACACCCCGGUUCAAGUAUCUAGAAGGAAUGAGUGAGCCAAGGGAACCAACCGGUAUAUGGGAUGGUGGGCAACAUUUUUAUACAACUAAUUAUACUUCUUGCAAAAAUUAUAGUGCCCAAACACUAAUUUUUUACGACGAUGACGAGACUUUGGAAAUCAAGGAAGAAAUUAUAGAAAAUCAAAAUACUACAAGCAAAAAACGUAAUAAGAAAUAUGAAUCAAAAUUAUGUGUGGUAGAUUUGAGAAAGGAUAAUAUUUUAUCUACUGAAAAGAAACUUUGUAGUAAAAAGAAGCAGAAAGUUCAUGAAUCAAAAUGUAAACCGGGAAAGACAUAUAAAUGCAAAAAAUGUGCUCGAAGUUAUAAACAAAAACACACUUUAAAAAGUCAUCAAAAAUACGAAUGCAAUGUUAUGCCACAGUACAAUUGUCAAUUCUGCGGGAAAUUAUUUAAACGGGUAUUUAGCAGAAAUCGGCACGUGCGUGUUGUACAUCUGAACACGAAUUUGGAAGCAUCGCCAACAAGACAUAAUUGCGACAAAUGUUCUCGAAGUUACACCUGGAGAGGAGAUUUAAAUCGCCAUCAACGUUUAGUGCAUGCAGCAGUCGCACCACAAUUUAAUUGCGAUAUUUGCGAUUACAAAACUAAACUCAAAGGUUGCUUAGCAACACAUAUUGUUUCAAAACAUAUUGAUAAUUAAUAAUUAUUACGCAUGUGAAACUUCAAUCUUUAAGAAAUUGUUCAUACUAACUGAAUAAACUUAAAGUACUUCUAGCAAAUUUGUAGUAAUUUUACUGAAGGAUCCAAUUGUACGUAAAACAAAAUACCAAAAAUGUAUAAAUAUAUGAAAUUAAUAAAA